CUCCCUGAUGACCCAUAUAUAUACCUAUCAUAAGAGCAGACCCGGCGACAUUGACAUUAAGUUCUUUUGAAGGUUUAGAUAAGGUACGGGCAACGGGAUGCAUCCAGCACCGUCGACGCCUCCCUCUGCCAUGUACCGGAUGCCGACGCCGACGGCGGGCAGCAUAAACGAGUCACCGGAGUGCCCGUACUGCCGUCGCAACUACUCAUGCUACUACUCCCUGAAGCGUCAUUUCCAGGACAAGCACAAGAAGUCGGACACCCUGCACGUGUGCGAGUUCUGCAACCGGAGCUACAGCACCAAGAACUCGCUCACGACGCACAAGAGCAUACAGCACCGCGGCUACUCGGGCAGGCUGAAGAAGCUGCUCAAGGCCCAGAUGCAGCAGCAGCCGCAAUGAAAAUUUCGGAACCGUCUUACAGUGACCCCGUCCCGGGCUCCCGGAAUCAGCCGGCCGCGUCCACCGCGUCAUCAACGGCGCCCGCCCGUCGCCUUCGUCAUCCGGUUCUUCGCAGCUCACCACCGCCAUCCGCAUCGUCGUCAACGAUCGUCGCGCGUCCACCAUCGAGCGAGCCACGAUCGCGUCGAUCGUCGACAACGCGACAACGAGCGCCGGUCUCGUAACCCGGCAGGCUCUCUCCCCGCACCCCCAGAACAACCCGCCGCCUCUUCGAGAACCACGAUCUAACGCGCCGCCGGAGCUUCGUUCGCGCCGCGCGGCCCCCUCGAGCCAAGACUGCGAUCAAUCCAAAGAAACCACGAGAGAAUCGACUGAGACGCGGCACACACCUCCGAGCCGCGUUCCCGUCCCGAUCGGGAUCAUCCCGAGGGGGGUCGCGGCGCGGACGGGGGCGCGGCUUCGAGACUGAAUAUCGCGGAUCGAGGGCUCGGGAACGAGCCUGCGAAUACAUUCCACUGGCUUAAUCGAGGUUUUCUGCGGGGAAAUCGGUCGCCGGGCGAGAACGAUGUCGCGUCGUUCUCCGCGGAUAGAUCGUUUCCCGCGGGGAGAGCGGGGGCAGCGUUCGAGAUACGCCGAUUGAUCGAGUCUUGCCAAGGUGUCGAUCGUGCCCCGACCGGUCCCACGAAUCAUGUCAAUUCUGUCCUGAGGACGCGAGCGUCGACGAGGUCCGUUUGAGAGGAGGAAGGGUUUCGCGAUGGGAGAGAGAGAGAAAGAGAGAGAAAGCGAGAGAGAGAGAGAGAGGGAUGAAAAUGUGAUUGGCAGUGCUGUCGCGAGACAGCGCGAACGGGGGAUGGUGCGCCGCGCCGAGCUGGGAAGACGAUCGACGUUGGAUAGAUCGAUGGAGGAUAGAUCGAUGGAGGAUAGAUCGACGGAGGAUAGAUCGACGGAGGAUAGAUCGGCGAUCGGAUAACGUCGUCGAGCCGUCGAUCGUCGGCGGUCUUGCCAGCUCGGCGGGGAAUCGGAGAACCUUAGGCCUAAGUGAAAUUCAAUUACCAAUGCGAACAUGUGCUCAAAUUUCGGGAACCGGGAGCGGGUAGAGGGUGAGGACGAGGUUGCCGGAGGGGGUUGGUGGGAGAGGACGCGGGGUGUGUCCGUGGUGGCGUAACGGGCCAGAAAGUAGCGUAGCUCGCGGGGUAACAGCGUCGGGGGCGAAACACGGCGGGGAAUUAUGAUGGCGGAGUAGAGGGGGGCGCGUAGAAAAGUGCAAGUAGAAGUAAAAAAAUUGGGGGCUCUUACACGUGUACAGGUCCGUCGUGCGCGCAAAUUACACAGACUAUAUUUUUAACUCUUUAAAAGUAAUAUUUUGAGCUGUAAAUAUAUAUAUAUAAAUAUUAUAUAUAUUAUAUUCGUACGAUAUAAUUGAUAACGAUGAUAUUCUCUUGUUCAGGUUUUAUAAGUGGGGGUGAAACGAGAACGGGGUGGGAAGCGUGUGUGG